AUGGUCCUGUGUGGUGUUUAGUUAGCUUCAUAGUAUUAAUACACGGGCCUCUUACUCCCGACACUUUAUAACCGUGCUUCUCUUCGUCAAGGAUCCCCUUUCUUAUUAGUAGUUUGAUAAACAUACGAGGGGUGAGGAUUCCUGUACCCCCAUCCCUCCAAGGAACGAUGACGACAUGGUUGUGUUUAGCUGUUGGCUGGUGUAUUGUGUCUUUAAGUAGAGGUGCCCUCGAGUGUGACUGUACAACAGAGGAAUGUAUGUCUCAGGGCUUGACGACUUGUUUUGCCAACAAAUUUUGCUAUGCUGAAUAUUUCCGUGAUACUCUGACACGGGGCUGUAUUGACAAGGGUACGCCAUUACUAUGUGAAAAUUGGAGGCCGAAGAAUCUGAACACCCCCUGGCCUAGUAUGUUUUGCUGUAACGAUGGAGAUCAUUGCAAUAGAAAUGUCCGACCGACAGAUCCACUAGAUUCAGUUGAAGCCACGACGAUCGUAUCAAAUAUCGACAAAAGCGAUGAUGCAGAUAGUGUGAAGAAGCCCGAUUGUCCGAAUACGGAAACAAACAGUUUGAUACGAAACAGCGGUAGCAGUAAAUUAAUGAACCCAAUUUAUAUAGCCGUACCCGUGGCUGGUGUGUGUGUUUUAUUGGCGUUAAUCAUAUUCGCCAUGUAUUUAUUAAGAAGAAGAAAUGACUUCUAUCACCAUUAUCAUUAUCAAGAACAUCCGGCCCACCUCGCUCAAAACUCUUGUGAGAACAAAAAAACAGUGACGGGUUGUGGUUCCGUGAACCGAUGCACAGACAGUGAGCGAUCGAGCUCGGGAAGCGAAACGAAACUCUUUUUGCAGGUCUGAGGCCGGUUUUAAAAAUCUCCGAGAUAUAUAUUAUUGUGUAUUAAAAAAUAGAAACUCAUCGUGUAUGUGUGCUGGUGUGCUAACGUGACUCAUUUGUGAGAUAACCUCAUGUGUGCGAGCAUGGACGUAUUGGAAUUGUGCGCGUGAAAGAGAAUGUGCGCGUUAGAUAUAAAUUGUUAUAUUACGAAACUAUGCGGGUGGGAUAAUCAUGUUAUGAAUUAGAACAUGUAGUAUUGCUUAAUUACCAUAGUUUUAUGGAUUCAAAGACAUCAAAUAUCUAAAACAAAGUUGUGGACUAUAUUCAAAUAUCUAAAAUCGCUGAAACUCUUUGAUUUAAGCCAAAAUAAAGUAAUGAAUUACGUUGAUCCGACGAUUAAUGUUGGGGAAAACUUUAUACGAUCAAAAGUUUGUUUGGAAUGAUUAAGCGGAAGUCGGCAUAUUUUCUAAUUUUAGUAUCAUUUUUGACUUGUCGACAGCGAAACACAUAUCAGUUAUCUAUAGACGUAAUUUAUUUUAACCGGGACAUCCCACAAACAAAUUCUAAACAUAAAAUUCAAUGAAGAAAACAAUUUUAAUAUUGACCCAAAUCAAAGAGUUCCAGUCGUUUUCUCCAACAUACAAGUAUUUUCUUUCUAAAUCAGAAAUAUAAUAAAUUCUUUUUAUAAGCCAUUAGACAUUUUGGACCUAAUUUCUGUAAAAUGUAUCGGUACAGUACAUCGCCUUUAAUCCUUUGGACCAAAUUCCUACCAUUUCUAAUCUCUUGUGUACUUACAUUUAUGAGUAUAAUGAAUUGAUGUGAACUAAUCAAAAUGCAAGAAGUAUUGUAUUUUGCUUUAUGAAACGCACCUGUUACAAAGCUUCAAGUUUAAAAAAUUAUGAGAGUUCAAAGGGAGAUAACUCAUUGCUCAGACUAUUUUCUUGCACAUUAUGCAACGAACAUACGUUACGUUUAUCACAUUGUUACUAAACAUUUUGAACACUACGUCUUACCUCAAAAAGAAAUUAAUCAUAUUUUAUCACUGUUCCAUAAACAUAAAAUACAUGUACAUUGUAAAGUUUUAAAAGAUUCUGUAGAAAUGGUUAGGCUAACGUGACUCUUCUUUACGAUAGCACGGUUUGGAUCAGAAAAACGGGCAUGGCGUCAUAGACACCAUCUUGGAAUUGUGACGUCAUACUAUAAAAAAUCAAGGUCAGUCAAUCGAUACGCAAACAUCCAAGGAGCAAGCAUGCCGAGUGUCACGUCGAUCAUACUUGAAUUGAUGGAUCAUUAGGCUUUUUUUUUUCGAAAGGCGUCGCCCCUAGGAAAAAGAACAAGAAGACGAGUAGCGCUUGGUAGGCCUACCCAGUUCCUUGUCCAAAACGAAGACAAAAUACUACGUACUCAUAUUACUGUUUGUAUAAUAAGCGUUCUGAUUCAAGAAAUUAUACAAUAGAUCUGCUGCAUAAAAUGACGUAGCAAUGUAAACGUAUCCACUGUCAUUUACAAACAGUCAACGUUUAAGCGAGCGGCAAUGGGUUUCUGGGAUCGCUUGGAAUAGAGUCUACCAGUUUCUCUGUUUCUUUUUUGAAAGGUGCAUUAAGCCUCUCAAGCAAAUCAAACACACAAAAAACAUUUAAAUGUCAUACAUUCAUAUUGUUAUACAAUCUUGUUAAAAUUAUACCACUAUUUCUUUUCGUUAAUUGUUCUAAAUUUUUACAUUUCUUUGUAGUAUGCCUACAACUGAACAUAAAGCGAAACGAAAUAGUCACCUGAUUUUAAUAAGCUUGUAUUGUUAUUAUUCAUUGUACUGCUUUGUAAUUUAUGUAUAUAUAUAUAUUAUAAUAUCUUGUAUAUAUUUAUAUGUGAGCUGUAUAUAUUUUUUUGGUAAUAUCUAAUUGAGAUAUAUUGUAUACUGUUACGUAAUUUGUAAAAUGUUACAUUUGUAUAUUUUGUGAAAUUAAAUAAAAUAUUGAAAAAAAUUCAGUAAAAUUUUAAUAAAAAUGAAACCUAAACAGAUUAAUU